CCCGGAUCACCUUUUCCUUAAUGUGUCCUGGCGCCCACUCACCUUGACAGCUCUGUCCACGUCGAGAUUUAAAAACUUGCCUGUUCCCCCUCACUCAACCAUUUUUGCAAGGCCUUGACAUCGUUGCAACUGUCGAGAUGCCCUCGCAUGGAGCAUCGCCGCCGUCAUCCUCCGACGAACCAGCCAAGAAACGCUCUAGAGUCGGCAAGCCCAAAGUCCGCACCGGAUGCAUCACCUGCAAAAUCAGACGAGUCAAAUGCGACGAAGCAACACCCGCGUGCAAGCGAUGCACCUCGACUGGCCGCAAAUGCGAUGGCUAUGGACCAAGACCGAAACCAGCCCGUGCUGAAUCAAUACACAGCAUCCCCUUCCGCCCUUUCUCGAAAGCUGUCGUCACCCGUCCCAUCAUCACAACCAACACAUUGCCACUAUACCGCCCACUAGCUGCAGACAUCCCCGGCGACAGAACAGAACGGCUCUACUUUCACCGCUUCCGCCAAGUUGCCGAAGCAGCAAUUGGCAUUCGCCAUGUCCACACAGGGCUCUUCUGGACGCAGAUUGUCCCGCAGUAUUGCCACGAGGUCGCAGCGGUACGGCAUGCCUACAUUGCCGUCGGAGCAGCAUAUCUACAUUUUCAUAUUGGCGGAAACAAACCAGACAAGACGUCGGCACCGUCGGAAGUGGAGCAGUUUGUCAUUAAACAAUACAGCCUCGCCAUGAAGAACAUCCCGCGCAACUACGCCGGAUUACCCGUCAAGCGCCAGUACGGAAUCACCAUGAUGUGCUGCGCGGCGUUUUUCUGCAUCGAGAUUCUCCGCGGCGAAUUGGAGAGUGCGUUUGCCCAUCUGACGAAUGGCCUGCGCCUCAUGUCUGACUUGCCAGAAGAAGUGGCGGAUAUCUUACACAACCCUGCCAAAUGGAGCCAGGGUAUGGAUACGUCGUAUGCCCGCGUAGCAUACAUGAUUCAGCUGCUCACAAGAUGGGAGCUGACGGCUGGUUAUCUUUCACCAGACUUUCAGCCGCAACUCACUAUGCAGGCAUAUCGCCAGCGGGAGCUGGACCAGGCGAUCCAUGGCGUGGCCAAGUCGGUCGAGGAGCUACAGGAUAUAGUGGACAGUUUCUGCCAAGAUGCAAAUGCAUUUGCAUGGCAGACAAAGGCGUACACACAUGGCGCGGAUCCGUCAAUGGAUCCAAAUCAUAAGCUGCAGUACUGGGCGCUGCAGCGGCGCUCGGAGAAUAUUGCUGAGAUGCUCAAUCUACACAGAGACUUGCACCACGGGUGCCAUACGGGGACCAGAGAGCAUGUUGCCUAUAGGUCUUGCCUGUUGAACCAGCGGGUGGCAGCGUGGACGCUGGAGUCGUCAGUCUUUACGCCUGAGAUUAUGAUGAAUGAGCCGGAGCGUAUAGCAGAGCUGGUGGAGAUUGCAGAGUCGAUUCGUGAUGCUCACCAGGAUGAGAAGGAGGGCAUGGGAGGCAGCUUUGGGGUGGACGUUGGCGUCGUUCCAAUGCUGCAUAUUGCGAGGAGGCAUUGCCGCGAAGAAAAGACAAAGGUGAUGCUAGGCGAGCUUAUGCAUGAGUGGCCACAGAAGGAGAGUUUGUGGGAUGGGCCGGCGCUGCGGACGCUGGCGAUGUAAGAGUAUAUAUUAUGUAUUAUGACUAGAAUACCCGGCCUAUCAAGGCUACGAAUUGAUUGUAUUGAAUGUUUUCAGCUGAACGUUUUCCAAAAAAUCGGUGUACCGCUACAACACGGGCAGCUAAACGUUACUUUAACAAAUG